UCCUCCUCCUCCUCCUCCUCCUCCUCCUCCUCCAUCCACCCGGGCAGCGGCGGCGGCAGCAGCAGCAGGACCAGCAUGCACCAUCGAAACGACUCCCAGAGGCUGGGCAAAGCUGGCUGCCCGCCAGAGCCGUCGUUGCAAAUGGCAAAUACUAAUUUCCUCUCCACCUUAUCCCCUGAACACUGCAGACCUUUGGCGGGGGAAUGCAUGAACAAGCUCAAAUGCGGCGCUGCUGAAGCAGAGAUAAUGAAUCUCCCUGAACGCGUGGGGACUUUUUCCGCUAUCCCGGCUUUAGGGGGCAUCUCAUUACCUCCAGGGGUCAUCGUCAUGACAGCCCUUCACUCCCCCGCAGCAGCCUCAGCAGCCGUCACAGACAGUGCGUUUCAAAUUGCCAAUCUGGCAGACUGCCCGCAGAAUCACUCCUCCUCCUCCUCCUCCUCCUCUGGAGGAGCUGGCGGAGCUAACCCGGCCAAGAAGAAGAGGAAAAGGUGUGGGGUCUGCGUGCCCUGCAAGAGGCUUAUCAACUGUGGAGUUUGCAGCAGUUGCAGGAAUCGCAAAACGGGACACCAGAUCUGCAAAUUUAGGAAAUGUGAAGAGCUAAAGAAAAAACCUGGCACUUCACUAGAG